CUUCCCGUCCUUUGUUUUAUUUUUAUUUUUAUUGUAUAUAUUCAGACUCGGCAACUAAUCAAUGACCUUAAGGAAGCCAUUGAAUUGCAGAGAUAUCAAUAGGGAAUAUCAUAUCAAUUCUCCAAACUCAUCACAAGGACACAAAGAACACAGCAAUCAGCUUACUCCUCCUCCUCCUCUUUUGAUUGAUAGUCUAUUCCAAUCCAACAAUACCAUUCGGCGACAUCGUCUUUGCAUCAACAACGAUCCAACUAUACCACCACCUGUUAUAAAACAAUCAAAUAGUAGAAUGUCAAGAUGGAUUCAACCAGAAAAUCAACUCGAUAAUAGAUCCAUCAUCUCAACUCGCCGAACUUCAAAGAAACGAAGAAAGAUACAAAAAUCCUCAACUUUACUAGAUCCUCCAACCAGUCAACAACAACAACAACAACAACAACAUGAAGGCGAACAGAAAGAGCAAAUACAUCACCUACAACAACAACAGCAACAAGAGCAGCAGCAGCAGAAAAACCAUGAACAGCAACAAUUACCAUCAACUCAGCAAACAACUAAUAGGAUACAAUUGUCCCGUCGUCAAAAGCGAAGGAAUCGAAUCUCAAUAUCAUCAUCACUCCAAGGACAACCUGAACAGUCAACAGAUAUAGAACAAGAACAUCAGGAAGACAUCAAGCAGGUAGCAACGAUCAGACCACGACCGAUUAUACGUCAAGAAGAGUUACAAACACGAACAUCAAAUACACAACAAGAACAGUCGUCCUCAUCUAUCAAGUCACCAUCAACUACAAAUCAAAAACCAUUCAUCAUGCCUUUACCAACACGAUUAUUACCACUUGAAAAUAUAUCUGCAUCGUCACAUAUGACCAACCAUACUCGAUUAAAUUUAUCUCGAAACUUACGCCGAUCACGGUCAACACCACCAACACAAACAUCGCCUUUACGUUCAUUACUUCCAUGUUCCAAGCAAGUCGAGCAAUCAUUUAAUACACUCCCAUUAUGGCAAAUUGAAAAGGAAGCGUUACAUAUUCGACAUCUGUCGCCAAUAUCUGUUUUAAAUGAUGACUGUUUGUCCGAGAUCUUUCUUUAUUGUACUGAUACUACUACUCUCUGUCGUAUCUCUUCUGUUUGUCAACAUUGGCGCCGUGUCUGUUCUCAACCUUAUAUCUGGAAAACCAUAGACUAUACAUGGAAACAAUUUGUGGAACAGAUCACUCCAUCCAACAAACGGUUGAAAUGGACACCUUAUCGUCAAGAAAGAUCAGCUUACAUUCCAGUUAUGCCUAUAUCAUUUCUCAAUAUCAAAUAUAUGACUAUCACUGACAAUACACCUGAAGAUGCACCUCAACCUAAGCUCGUUUGGUCACCCUCUAUGUUUUAUUUGAAUCAUAUUAAAAAACUUGAACUCAACAAUAUGUAUUUGGACGAUAUUAUGGAUUUGAUUCAACACACUGGAUCUCUAUUGGAAUUAAACUGUCACAAUAUCAUGUCUCGACCAUCGAACGAUACCAUGAUGCUUACGGCAUUUGGAAAACUACAACAUUUGCGUGUGCUCAGACUUCAUUUUAUGACCAUGUGUGAAUUGAUCAGUCCAACUUCACUGACAGGUUAUGGUCACCGACAACUAUUAUCAACAAGAAACAAUAAUAGAUUGACCCUUCCAGUUAACCUUCAAAUAUUGCAAAUCACCAAUGUCUACGAUAUAGAAGAAAGUUUGGUUUCAGGAAGAUCGGUACUAGUGGCAAGACAACGACAAGCAGUGAUGGAUCGACUGAGGUAUGCAUGGAAUGAAAUGGAAAACACUUUAUGCAACAAAUACAAGGUACUGAACACAUUGGAAAAUUUGACGGAACUAUCAUUGGGACACUGUUCUGCUUAUACAGCACGUAUUUGGAAAGAAUGCAUUAUGCCUUGUACACACCAUUUGACACGAUUAUCUCUUUGUGGUUGGAGUGGUGAUGGUAGUAGAGAAAAUCCUGUAUCAUGGUUAGAACGUCACGCAUUGGCAGAAAGAACUCAAGUCUCUAUUGAAAAUUUUAUGGAAGAAGUAGAAAAAGCUUUGGCUGAUAUGUUGGCUAAUCUACAUUCACUACAAGUACUCUCGCUAUCUCAAUUCCAUUGUGGCCCUGGUCUUAGACAAGGUGUGGAACGUCUUUCAUCUACUCGAUCUCAAGCUCCGCUAUUGAAAGUUAUCAAGGCCAAGUGUGGAUCCAAGAUGAUGCAUAACAAUAUCCAUCAGGAAUUGGAUAUUAAUGAUUUAGCAAAUUGGUUAUUGGAACAAGUGGAAAUUCAUUUUACAUCAUAGUCUUUGUAGGUAGUAAACGAAAAAAAAAAAAAAGUUAGAUAGCUUUUUAUAUUUUGCUCUUUUUGGGGUUGCUCGGAUAUAAUUUUUCCGGUCAACCAAUAGUUAGGAUAGAUAUUUAGAUUUGAAUAUGUCUUACUGAAAAUCAAAAUAAAAAAAAAAAUUUAUCUCGUC